UUUCCUGGGUCCAGAACGAUGAUAAUGAAUUCUUCCAGCAUCUUCUGCGCAUCAGAGCUCUUCCUAACAGAGACUGUACGGUGUUGAGGGCCGUCCUUUCACAGACACUCAUCUGCAGUCGGUUCUACUGUGCUGUGUUAUACUCUGGUCUAAUCUGAUGUAUUCUAUUCAGUGUUUUUUUCUUUUCACCUUUACAGUUCAGACCACAAUGGCAAGCCAGAGACCCGUGAGCCGUGGACCGUUUGGACCAGGUUCUGGACGCCCGCCUACAGCCCUCCGGCCCCCGCAGACAGCCGUCAGAGUCAGCACCGCGAUGGCCCCGGGCUCCGCUCGUCCAGGCAGCAGAGCUGGACCCGUGGCUUCUCCUGGUGUUUUAUCGGCUCAGAUUAAAGUGGCUGAUCGGCCGGUGACUCAGCAGGGUCUCAGUGGAAUGAAGACGGGCAUAAAGGGACCACAGAGGCAAAUCCUGGAUAAGUCAUAUUACCUUGGGUUAUUACGGAGUAAAAUAAAUGAGCUGACGAUGGAGUCCAGCAAACUACAGAAGGACAUUGACACCUCCAGUCAGGAGAAUUCAGUCUAUCUUUCUUAUGAGAAAAGAGCAGAAGUCCUAGCUGGAGAAAUCAAAGAUCUUCAAGGGCAACUGGCAGAUUACAACAUGCUGGUUGACAAGCUGAACACAAACACUGAGAUGGAUGAAGUGGUGAAUGACAUAAUCAUGCUGAAAGCACAGAAUGACAGAGAAGCUCAGAGUAUGGACGUGAUAUUCACCGAGAGACGAGAGAAAGAGGAUAUGAUCAGAGCUGUGGAGGAUGAUAUAGUCCAAGAGAAGCAGGCUGCCCAAAACAUCAUUCAGAAGAUGUCUGCUGAUAAACAGGCCAAGUACACUGAGAUGAAAGCCACCAAUGAAGAGCUAAUGCAGGAGCUGGAUUCCCUUCAAGAGGAACUGGACGCUCUGAUGAGUAGGAAGGAGACGUUUGAGGCGGAUCUGGUUCACUCUCAGGCCAAACAGGAAGCAGUCGUGCUGCACGAGAAACUACUGGAGCUGGAGAACCGUAGAGACGCCAUGCUGGCGGAAGACAGGACCAUGGGCUCGCCACAAGAGGAGCGAGAAAGCCUCUUUAAACAGGUGAAAGAAAACAACCAGGAAAUAGCCAGCAUGGAACGACAGCUGUCCGAGGUACGUGAGAAAAUUAGCCAUCUGACGGAAGAGAUGCGACAACUAGACGCUGACAUGGAGGAACAUCAAGGGGAACGGACCCAGAAGUACAAGGAGCUGCAGAAGAGAGAAGAGGAAAUCGACUCAUAUCUGAACACGUUUGAGGAGAAUACAUCUCAGGAGCAGCAGCUGAUCAGAGACGCACAGAGCAGCAUCGUGGCGUUACUGGAGCACUCCAGCAGGAACAUCAAUCGUCUGCAGCAGCUGUCAGCAGUCACCGCUCAAGAGCUCCGGUCCAUGCAGGAGGAUCUGAGCUUCAAAGAGACGGAGAUGCAGAAGUCUCAAAGCACAGCGAAAGGCCUUUCCUCAGAAAGUGAGCGUCUACAGCUGGAUCUGCUGAAGGUGGAGCAGCUGGAAAGCAAAGUGAGCGCAGAGCUGCAAACUCUGAGAGAUCAGCUCAAGCUCAUGACGCAAGAGAUCCACACAUACAGAGAUCUGGACGCUCUCAAAGCUGCCGGAGAAGACCGCAAGAAGAGGCUGCAGGAGGAUCGAGUAACACUCUCUCAGAGGAAGGACACAGUCAGGAUGAGGAUACACAACAUGAACGAGGAGUGCGAGUCUCUUAAGAACCAGUUACAAGAGAACGAGACCCAUGUGGAGCUGACCAAUAUGGAGAGGAAGUGGCAACAUCUUGAGCAGAACAACUUUGUGAUGAAAGAAUUCAUCGCCUCCAAAGGUGUAGAGAGCGAUUACCGCCCAGUGAUGAAGAACGUCAACAAACAACUGCUGGAGUACAAUAAGAUACUGGUCGAUACCCUGCAGAGAAACUGAGGAGGGGGGGCACUUCCUGUCUGCAGCAGCUUACAAACCCACUUCCUGUUCAAGAUGAGAUCACACUGCGAUUCUAGAAUAUGAUCCACAUUUCAUAAUCUCAGGUGUAUCCCACACAGUCUUGUGUUAUCGGUGAGAAUCGAGUCAUGUCACAGUCUGUAGAGCUAAAUAAUAACAUUGGUGUGUAAUUCAUGUGAUGUGUUUUCCACAGUAAAAGACUGAUUUUAUUCCACGUGUUGUUACUGUGAGUGAAGCAUCACUGUAGCGUCUGUUUACAGUGAAAACUGUCAUGUUACCCGAGUGAAAGCCCAACUGUGAAUGCAGGAAUCUUAGAUUAAUAGCAGGAAGAUGAAAAUAUAUUCUGUUGAUGGAUUUCUGUAGAUGUCAAUGGAAAAUCCCCACUAAAAUAAGAAGCAAGUGUGUGUGUGU